UGGAGUUUUCAUUCAAUCAGGGAACAAUUCCACUGCUGCCGAUUUUGUAUUGAAAUUGUACAUGUGUAUAUAUAAUUUGGUAAAUGCAAAUAGGGACGUGUAACCUGCACGGGCCGUUUUAAAAACGUGCUGUUUGAACAAUUGAUUAACAUCCAAAACACGAUUAUUUUUGUCUCGUAACAACAACAACAACAACAAAGAGGCGUUUUCAUUUCGAGUGAUCAGAAAGGUUUUUAUUGAUUGAGAGCUUUGUUGCUUUUUAAGCUUGUUUUACGGAUGUGGAACUGCAACAGAGUGAUAAAUACUGGAUGUCACACGGCCUUGUUUUCAUCUCGUGCGCUUUAUUUUUUAUACACAACUCCGUGUGUGUGUGUGUGUGUGUGUAUGUGUGUGUGUGUGUGUGUGUGUGUGUGUGUGAGAGAGAGAGAGAGAGAGAGAGAUCAUUUAGAUUAGAUAGACCCCCUCCUCAUCCUCACUUGCACGCCGCGGGAGGGAUUUGCGUGUUUCCCACAAGAAAAGAUGUCUCAAAUGUCCCAUUGAAAAGGCGGCGGUGGUUUUAGCAAAAGAAGGAAAGAAGAAGGAGGGAAGGAGCGGGACAGCGGGCGAGACAAAAGAUCCUGCGGCUGCUCUGGGUGUCGGAGACUCGGCUUCUCCUCGGUGGCACCGCGAUUUGCGAGCCAUCUUACUUCUUAUUUGCAGUUUUUAUUCUUCGACUCGGACCCAAGUACAGAUCAGUGUGGAGAACAUCUGCGGACCCGAGAGGAGACCAGACGCAUCUUUAUUACAGCCGCUGAUAUACACACACACACACACGGUGCUGAGGCUCGGCGAGAAACAGAACAAAGAGAGUUGGAGUGAGGAAAUGAGCCCAGCUUUAGUCCAACACUGAAACGAGGACAAAUGCACUUGUGAGCUCCGAGAUCCCCCCGAAACUCACUCUUCUGUUUUCUGCAACAAAAACACUGGAAGAACACCGCAAAUCCACAACACACCAUGUUUCCACAAAACCGACCACCGGCAUCUCUCCAGCCACCCCCCGGGGCCUCGGCUUCAGCAGCAGCUGCGGCGGCGGCAGCGGCGGCUGCAGCAUCAGGAACAGCUCAGUCUUUAAAGCUCACUUACCCUGAGACCCUGGACCGGAUAAAAGAGGAGUUUCAGUUCCUUCAGACUCAGUACCACAGCCUAAAGCUUGAGUGUGAGAAACUGGCCACGGAAAAGACGGAAAUUCAGAGGCACUAUGUGAUGUACUAUGAAAUGUCCUAUGGCCUGAACAUUGAGAUGCAUAAACAGACAGAGAUUGCUAAGCGGUUGAAUGUGAUCUGUGCGCAGCUCAUCCCAUUUCUCUCACAGGAGCAUCAGCAGCAGGUGGUUCAGGCCAUGGAACGCGCCAAACAGGUGACUAUGGGGGAGUUGAAUGCGUCGAUAGGGGUACGUGGACUCCCCCCUCUGCCUCCCACACAACAGCUACAGGCUCAGCACCUUUCCCAGCAUGCUGCCCAGGGUCUACCCAUGGCCCCUCACCCAUCAGGUCUGCCCCACCCAGGACUGGCAUUGGGGGGCAGCUCGAGCCUUCUGGCUCUCUCAGGGGCACUCGGGGCACAGCUGGCUGCUAAGGAUGAAAGGGCACAUCUGGAGGCUGUAGCGGCAGCGGCAGCGGCUGCUGCUGAGCACCACCGGGACCGCGAGGCAGGACCAAGCUCCUUAUCAAAUGGAGACAAAGGGCGGACAUCAGACUACCUCAGCAAUGGAAAGAAAAGGAAAUCAGACGAGAAGGAAUUCACAGAUUAUGGUAGCGAUGCUGACAAGAGUGAUGACAACUUGGUAGUGGAUGAGGACCCUUCGUCUCCACGCAGUGUGCACUCGUACUCCUCCAGAGAGAACGGUCUGGACAAACUGCCCCUAUCCAGGAAAGAGCCUCUGCCUCAGGCCAGCCCCACCUCCCUGACAUCCUCCUCCAGCAGCGCCUCUCCGUCUCGCAGCAAAGAGCCUCCCUCAGUAUGCUUACCCAAUCUAUUAACAUACACACUCACAUACACACACUUGCAAUGCACGCACCUCCUUAUAAUUUUCCCUCAAUCUUCUCAGAGAGAGAAGUCUAGUACCCCGGGGCUGAAACCAGGCACUCCCAUGUCUCAAGAUUCCGCCACGCCCGGCCCCAGCGGCCCACCCCAAUUCCGCCCUGUCCCAGGCAAAGCAGGUGUGGACCCUCUGGCGCUGGGUGUGAGGAACCCUCUGGCGGUGCAGGGUGUGUAUCCUCCUGGUGCUUUCGGUUUGCCGCCUCCGGGGGUGAACGGCGAGCUUGCUGGAGCGGCUGCAGCAUAUGGCGCUGGACUCCACCUCGUCUCGCCACAGAUGAACGGCUCUGCCGCUGUAGCUGCUGCUGCUGCCGCCGCCGCUGCUGGAUACGUACGCUCCCCUGUGGUGGGUUAUGAGUCUCCUCACCCACACAUGAGGGUCCCUGGCCUGCCUGCUAGCCUCCAGGCUGCAGCCUCAGGAAAGCCUGCGUACUCGUUCCACGUGAGUGCAGAUGGACAGAUGCAGCCUGUGCCUUUCCCUCCUGAUGCUCUCCUGGGCCCAGGCAUCCCGCGCCACGCUCGCCAGAUCCAUACACUCAGCCAUGGAGAGGUGGUGUGUGCCGUCACCAUCAGCACCUCCACACGCCACGUCUACACUGGGGGCAAAGGCUGUGUCAAAGUGUGGGACAUCAGUCAGCCAGGCAGCAAGAGCCCCAUGGCCCAACUGGACUGUCUGAACAGGGACAAUUACAUCCGCUCAUGCAAGCUCCUCCCAGAUGGGAGAACUUUGAUAGUUGGAGGUGAAGCCAGCACUCUGUCUAUAUGGGAUUUGGCCACGCCCACUCCACGCAUCAAGGCGGAGUUGACCUCCUCGGCUCCAGCGUGCUACGCUCUGGCCAUCAGUCCAGACAACAAGGUCUGUUUCUCCUGCUGCAGUGACGGCAACAUCGUGGUGUGGGACCUUCACAACCAGACACUUGUCAGGCAGUUCCAGGGCCACACUGAUGGGGCCAGCUGCAUCGACAUCUCCAACGACGGGACCAAACUGUGGACUGGGGGCCUCGACAACACGGUGCGCUGCUGGGACCUGAGAGAGGGCCGACAGCUCCAGCAGCACGACUUCACCUCCCAGAUCUUCUCCCUGGGCUACUGUCCUACAGGAGAGUGGCUGGCAGUGGGGAUGGAGAGCAGUAAUGUGGAAGUGCUGCAUGUCUCCAAACCAGACAAGUACCAGCUGCACCUUCACGAGAGCUGUGUACUGUCACUCAAGUUCGCCUACUGCGGCAAAUGGUUUGUAAGCACAGGUAAAGAUAAUCUUCUGAACGCCUGGCGAACUCCGUACGGCUCCAGCAUAUUCCAGUCGAAGGAGUCCUCAUCAGUUCUCAGCUGCGACAUCUCACCUGAUGACCAGUUCAUUGUGACCGGUUCAGGAGACAAGAAGGCCACUGUGUACGAAGUCAUUUACUAAAGCGACUGUAGAGUGGAUCCCGGAACAACAGAAGUGGCGUGAAGAGCGGAAACCAAGAUCCGACUUUGACUUUGGAACAGAGCGGUGGACAUGGAGUUGGAGAAAGCGUCUACGCUUUUUUUGGUUUGAUGUCCAUUAGGGACAGACAUUGAGGGAGGACUGAACAGGAACUUCAGAACAGGACUGACCUUGUUGUUUUUUUAAUGCUGUGAGAAAGCUAGCUUCAGAGAUGCGGGAAUCCUCCAAAGACUUCUCUUUUGCUUUAUUGUUUUUCUUUUGUUCUUUUUUAACAAGAUGAAUUCUCUGUAGUGAAUGAAAUAGCAAAGAGAAUAUUUUUUUUUUAGCCUGUGGAAAAAAUAAUUCCAUGUGGAAACGGACAGUCGAGGAGCAGCAGUGCACUGAGAAGGUACAGGGUGUUUUGAGAGAAGAGACUAUGACUAUAUCUGUCAUUUCUUUUUCAUCCAGUCUGUUUUGAUGGCCUUGAGCAUCUAAAAAUGAUCUCAGUAAGUAGCAGUACGACUGUAUAAUGACAUGGGGACAGGUUUGGGCUAACAAGACUCAUGGUUUUUUCUACAACUUCAGGGAGAUGGUCACAUUUAGCACGUUUCUUGUGUAUGCUGUAUGUCUGCUCACAAUGACCAGCAUUGAAUUGGUGUGUAUGAACUGUAAAUAAAGCUCCUUAAAAGCAAAAAAAAAAGAAAAAAGGAGUUUUUGUCUGAAAUUUGUUUAAAAAGACCUGGGAAGGUUUGCUGAAUAAAUUUGUAUGUCAGUGCGUUCUUAAAUUAAAGGUGCAUUCGGUAAGAUUAAGAUUUUUUUCCUCCCCUAAUUUAAGAUCCGUAACUGUUGAUUUCCCGCCAUGUUCAUGAAGCUCCACCCACAUGGAGUAGCAUGUCUUAUAAAAUAACUACAAACAAAUGUAUUCUAGACUGAAAAUCAGAACUAUUUUCCCCCAAACAGGUUUUCUCUGCGACAUGCUUUUAAUGCAGCCGUGGUUUAAUUUGUGGACUUUAUGUACAAGACAUGAUUUCAUUGAUUUAGGUGAUUUUUAUAGCUAGCAGAACCCUUCAG